UGUCUAUCAUCUUAAUUGUCAGAGCUGUAACGCCAACUACUAACCACCAGGCACCAAUUCGGCCGUUUAUGAGGCUCAGUGGAGAGGAUAGAGCCCAAAAGACGCACCGAAUGUUCUGAGCACACCCACUACUCUCCCUCCCAACCAAACCAUGUCCAUUUCCAUGGCCUUGUUUUCUCCUCCGACCCGCCCUCCAUCCCUCUCUCGCUCUAUAACUCCCAAUUCCAAACCCCACAUCACCCUCAAACCCCACCUCUCUCUCAGUCCACUCAAGAACCCUGUCUUCCUCCUCUCCACCGUCAGGGCCUCGGCCGAUAAUGAGGUUGGAGCUUCCGCCUCAGCUGCCACUGCAGUAGAACCAAAAGCAGACCAGAAGGUCCCGGAACCUCCCCAGCCGGUGGCUGAGAAGGAUGAGAGCUCUGCUGGAACCAAUGGGUAUUUGGGGGCAGCGGAAGCAGGAGAAGUUGCGGUCGUGAGUAAGUUUGGGGACACCAGAUGGAUUGGAGGGACUUGGGACUUGAAGCAGUUUGAGAAAGAUGGAAAGACUGACUGGGAUGCGGUUAUUGAUGCCGAGGCUAAGAGGAGGAAAUGGCUAGAAAAUAACCCAGAAUCAUCCAGUAAUGAUGACCCUAUAAUUUUUGACACAAGCAUCAUACCUUGGUGGGCAUGGAUAAGAAGGUUCCACCUACCUGAAGCAGAACUACUUAAUGGCCGUGCUGCAAUGAUAGGCUUCUUCAUGGCUUAUCUGGUUGAUAGCUUGACUGGGGUAGGUUUGGUUGACCAAAUGAGCAACUUCUUUUGUAAAACUCUGUUGUUUAUAGCGGUUACUGGAGUUCUGGUGAUCCGGAAGAACGAGGAUAUAGAAAACCUAAAGAAAUUGGUGGAAGAGACGACCUUUUAUGACAAGCAAUGGCAAGCAACCUGGCAGGACGAGACGCCUGGCAGUUCCAAGAAUUGAGUAGUUAAAUUGCUCUUCAUGAGUCUGCCCCCUAAAAGAUAAAUUCUCAUGAGCAUCUUAUUUUGCAUUGUGUCAUGUUAUUUACUCUGUUAUAGUGGAGAAUGAUGAUUUCAAUUCCUGUCAGUAAUUGUAUUUUAAUCUUAUUUUGCUA